CAUCUGUGCAUGGGUGUUAUACAGAGUGUGAAGUGAGGGGAGGGAAACAGCAGUGUUGCCAUAUUGUCAUUGAUUUCUUAACCUGGAUUGGGAAGAAAAGGCAGUGGUCAGUCACUGUUAUUCCAUUUGGAUUCCUACCAAGACAUAAUUCACUUUUUAACACCCAGUGCCAUUGAGAGGGCUUUCCAGUGAUAGGCUUGAGUCUACUUAAGCAGCAACUGAAUCUCACUUAAAGUAUCGUGCACAUGAGGUCAGAGGCAUAGCCAGAAGUACAUGACUCAGCCAUUAUCCAGAGUAUAACGCUUCAAUCAAGUUAGCCAGCCAAAGGAGAGAUGCUGACCAGGGGGUGGCCGGAAUUCACUGUAGCCGCAUUCUCACUUCUGCAGCUGGUGUGGCAAGCGGUGUACCCAAUUGAAGUUCCAAUAGAUCCAAAGAUCCAGCAAGACCUAAAGCAGCCCCCUACUAUUGUCAAGCAGUCUCUGAAGGACUACAUUGUGGAUCCUAGAGAUAACAUCAUCAUCGAGUGUGAGGCCAAGGGGAAUCCUGUACCAGUUUUCUCAUGGCGUCGGAAUGGCAAGUUCUUCAAUGUAAUGAAAGACCCUCGUGUGUCAAUGCGCAAACGGUCUGGAACACUGGAAAUUAGCUUUCGCAGUGGUGGGCGUCCCGAGGACUACGAGGGGGAGUACCAGUGCUCUGCCUCCAAUGACUUUGGCACAGCAAUCUCCAACAAGAUCCUUCUCAGAGUCUCGAAGUCUCCACUAUGGCCCAAAGAGGUCCUGGAGCCAGUGGUUGUCACUGAGGGAUCACCAUUUGUACUGACUUGCAACCCACCUCCUGGGCUUCCGCCACCCCAUACCUUCUGGAUGAAUAGUGCCAUGCAGCCUAUCACUCAGGACCAGCGGGUGUCCAUGGGGUUGAAUGGUGACCUGUACUUCUCCAAUGUCCUGGCAAGGGAUGCUGCAACAGACUACAGCUGCAAUGCCCGAUUCUUAUUCACCCAUACCAUCCAACAGAAGAAUCCUUUCACGCUCAAAGUGCUCACAAAGGAGACCUAUAACGACACAUCAGGUGUUUCUUCUCUCAACCAAACUGACUCAUACAGUGCCCGUGGGGUGGCUGAGACUACGCCCACAUUCUUGUCUCCAACAGGAUCAUCUAGCUCCAAGAUGGUUCUACGUGGGGAGGAACUGUUACUGGAGUGCAUUGCUGCUGGAUUCCCAACCCCAAAUAUCAAAUGGUUUAAGAAGGGUGGGGACCUGCCUGGACAGAAGGUGAAGCUAGAGAAUUUUAACAAAACAUUGCACAUUGUGAGCGUAUCUGAGGAGGACUCAGGGGAGUAUAUCUGCAUGGCCAACAACAAGAUAGGCAGCAUUCGUCACUCCAUCUCUGUACAGGUCAAAGCUGCCCCCUACUGGUUGGAUAAGCCACAAAACCUGGUUCUGGCUCCAGAUGAGAGUGGCCGGCUGGUAUGCCGGGCCAACGGCAACCCCAAACCCAGCAUCCAGUGGCUGGUGAAUGGAGAAGCCAUUGAGAGUUCCCUGCCAAAUCCAAGUCGGCAAGUAGUGGGUGACACUAUCAUCUUCCGAACAGUGCAGAUCGGCAGCAGCGCAGUGUACCAGUGCAAUGCCUCCAAUGUGCACGGCUAUUUGCUGGUCAAUGCUUUUGUCAACAUUUUAGAUAUGGCGCCACGGAUGCUUGGCCCUAAAAACCAACUCAUCAAGGUGACUGAGAAUAACCGCACUUUCUUGGACUGCCCGUACUUUGGCUCACCACUUCCAGAACUACGCUGGUUUAAGAAUGGGCAAGGCAGUGGCCUAGAUGGUGGGCAUUACAAAGCCUAUCUGAAUGGCACCUUAGAGAUAAGUCGUGCCCGGGUUGAAGACCAGGGUACGUAUACCUGUGUAGCCAGUAACAUCCUUGGAAAGGCAGAAAACCAGGUUCGGCUGGAGGUCAAAGAGCCCACACGGAUUGUUCGUGCCCCAGAACACCAGACAGUGAACCGAGGAAGUGUAGCCCGCUUUGACUGUCGGGUCAAGUAUGAUGUCAGCCUUCCAAUUGCUGUUACCUGGGCCAAGGAUGACAAGCCCCUUACGAUUGGAUGGAGGCUGAAGAAGGAGGAGGACUCCCUUUCUAUCUUCAAUGUUCUUGAUUCGGAUGAGGGGACUUAUUCAUGUACUGCCAAAACUGAGCUGGAUGAAGACUUCGCAUCUGCUCGCCUCACCGUUCUUGGUUAUGAUUCCUUUCCGUCUUCAAACCGUAGUGCCCUUGUACCAGACCGCCCAGAUCCCCCUAAGGACCUAGAACUAUCAGACCCUUCAGAGCGAAGUGUCCGACUCACCUGGAUCCAUGGAAAUGAUAACAACAGUCCCAUUACAGAGUUCCUCAUCCAGUUUGAGGAGGGCCGCUGGCAACCUGGAAAAUGGCAGAAUUUGUCAAGUUGCCCUGGUGACCUCAACUCUGCCAUAUUGCACCUGUCGGCCUUUGUCAACUACCAGUUCCGGGUUAUUGCCAUCAAUGCCAUUGGCUCCAGCCAGCCGAGCCGCCCAUCUCCACGCUACCAGACCAGUGGAGCACCACCAGAUGCCAUCCCUGGUGAGCUCCAAGGAGUGGGCACAAAAAAAACAAACAUGGAGAUCAGCUGGGAGCCUCUGCUAGACAUGGAGAGGAAUGGACCUAACCUGCAAUAUCUGGUGUCAUGGCGUCGUAAAGAUGUGCCAGAGACCUGGAGAAAUGCUACCACCAAAUUGUCCAAGCAUGUCAUCCACAACACCAGCACUUACGUACCCUAUGAAAUCAAGGUCCAGGCAAUCAACGACUUUGGGCUUGGUCCAGAGUCCAGCGUGGUCACUGGCUACUCAGGGGAGGACCGUCCCAUUGCACCCCCCGCCAAUCUACGUGUAUCUGGGAUUGACAGCACGACAGUGACUUUGCACUGGUCUCCUGUAGCUCCCAACACCAUCAUGGGUGCAUUAAAGGAAUAUAGGGUGUACUACUGGAGGGAGAGUAGCAUUCUGAAAGGCCUGCAUGUGACCAAGGAGAAGAAGACCAAGGGCUUCAAAAACAGCAGCCCACAACCCUCGGGUAUCCUGACAGGGCUUGUGCCCUACAGCAACUACAAGAUGUAUAUGGUUGUGGCCAAUGGCCAGUAUGAGGGGCCACACAGCAACACCGCUGAAUUCGCAACAAAAGAAGGAGUGCCUGGUCUUCCUAAGUUCUUCAGGAUCAUUCAGAGGAGUACAGAUACGAUCUACCUUGACUGGGACAAGCCUGUAGAGCCCAACGGUGUGCUUAUUGGAUAUAUACUUAAGUACCAGACAGUCAAUGGGACACAUCUAGGCCGCAUGCAAAUGGAAAGCUUUCCUCCUAAUGUGACAACAUUCUCACUUCGGCGGCCCAACCGCAGUAUCCACUACAAGUUUUUCCUGGCUGCACGCACACAGGUGGGGGCUGGAGAGAUGUAUGCAGAGAAGUCUCCAAAUUUCACCAAUGAGGUUUUGACAGAAAACAUUGACAACACAGUUGCACCCACAGAUGUUAUGGUGUCUGCAAUUGCCCCUACCCUCUCCAUUACAACUACAACUACUAGUACCACAACCACGACAAUCAUCACUACCACCACUACCACCUCUGCCACAACAAUUCCCACUGCUUUUUCCUCAACCAAAAGCACGGACCUGGCCGUACUGGCUCCACCUGGAAGACAGAUCUGGAAUCUGACGGUUGAGCCCAACAGUAACUAUGCUUACGUCAGCUGGAAGCACAACUUUCCCUCCAACAGCAGCGAAUUUGUGCUUGAGUUCUCUCUGAAGAGUAACGGGACUAUGAAAAGUGUGCCAGUCAAACACCAGCCCCCCAUAAAGCUUGCAGGUUUGAUUGAGGGGGCCAGGUACCAGCUGCGGGUGUAUUCCCACGAGCACCUUGGCAUCAGCAGCGAGUACGUCGACUUUGAGACCAGUGCAGCAUACAGCAAGGACCAGAUUGACAUAGCAACACAGGGCUGGUUCAUUGGGCUGAUGUGUGCCAUUGCACUGCUGGUGCUCAUUCUACUCAUAGUAUGCUUCAUCAAGAGGAGUCGUGGUGGAAAGUAUCCAGUGCGUGAUAAGAAAGACCUUCCACUGGAUGCAGUUGAUCAGAAGGAUCAAGAUGGGUCAUUUGACUACCGCAGUGAUGAGGACAAUAAGCCACUGCAGGGCAGCCAGACCUCCUUGGAUGGCAAUGUAAAGGAGAGCGAUGACAGCCUGGUUGACUAUGGUGAUGGAGGAAAUGGUCAAUUCAAUGAAGACGGUUCCUUUAUUGGCCAGUACACCGUAAAGAAGGACAAAGAAGAAACAGAGGGAAAUGAAAGCUCUGAGGCCACUUCACCUGUCAAUGCCAUCUACUCGCUGGCAUAGCCCAUGCCCUAAGAGAGCCUGAGGAGGACAGAGGGAUGGCUGGGGUCCAGAGGCUAUCCGGGAAGCUACAGGCACAAGGCAGGGAAAAACCCAGGAUGGGGCGCUGGUUCAUCACACAUUAUUAUUAUUAUUAUUAUUAUUACUAUUAUUAUUAUUAGUAGUAGUAGUAGUGGUGGUGGUAAUAAUAAUUAUUAUUAUUAUGAGUAUUAUUAUUAUUACUCAUUUCUGUGUGGUAUGACACAAAAGAAAGUUGUUCAUAUUUAUGUAUUGUUAUGAAUCAACCCUGGAGAUGUGCUCUGUUUUAUGUUCACAACAAAUUCUUUUAUUUUUUAAGCAACUGUUUAAACUAAUUCAUGAGCAUCAUUCUAUGUUUACUUGGAAUUCAUAUGUGACAAAUCCGAUUAGCUAACUAUUUCUGUCAAGUGCUUUGAUUUUUUUUCCUGCUCUCAACUUUUCUUUAUGAUUUGCAUCCAAGCUGCAGGAUUAUUUCUUUGUUGUAAAGGGAAAAUAUAGUCAGAAUAUUAUUCACAAAUACAAAAAAUAAAAGAAAAAUAGGCUACUAUGCCUAAUUUGGUUUUUACAUGGCCAGCCUAUCCUGGAUGUUAGCAUUUUGAAAGUUCUUCAUAACUCUGUCAAUGACUAAGUUUGUUAUCCUAUACCUCAAAGAAAUAUACUCUGGGCCCUUUAGGGAAUUUUGCCACUUGAGCCUGUCUGAGGCCUCCAGAUUGUGACUGCCAUGCACCAGCCAGCUCAGCAGAUUUCCUGGACAUUUCUGGAAUGAUUUGGUGCAAUGCUGCAGUUGAUGCCUUCAGUGGAAGAGUAAGCAUAGCAACUCUGUGUCACCCGUAACAACCUACAGCAUUAAGGGAUGAUUUCAGCUUUCAGCUAUGUUUUCCCGAAACCUGUAACCCCCCUCUCCUUUUCAAUGUCCUCCAGGUUUUUUCCUCUAUAUUGAUCCCAAAGGUUGCCUUGUUCAUGCAAAAAUAUAUGUAUUAAUAUGCUGAUCCAUCCUUCUUCUAACUGCUUAUUUUGAUCAGGGUUGCAGAGUAAUAUUCCGAUGCUUAUUUUUAUGUAUUUUCUCAAUGAAUCCCUGUGUACGCUUAUUUGCUAAAAAGAGAAAAUAUACACAAAGAUUGUUUAUAAUGUACGCAUAAUCUACACUGUGUGCUUAAAUCCAACAUGAAAUGAUUUUUUUAUUUUGGAAAAAGUUAAAUCAAGGUCAUGUUCAUACAACCCAGCAGUAAUAUGGGUGUGCUACAGAACAGGAAUUCAAAUACAGAUGAAUGCUACUGGAUACAUAUCAUAUGUUGCAUUAAGUCUUGAUAUUAUUAUUAUUAUUAUUAUCAUCACCAGAGGUGGACAUUUCGGGUCUAGAAAGUUUCUACCAACUAGUUGAGUAUCGGAGUCAGUCACAGAGUACUGGUUGAAACUGGUUGAGUGAAACAUAAUCUUGGUCUGGAUUUUUACUUUCUUGAACUGAAAUGUCCGCCUCUGAUUAUCACUAGAUAGUGGUGCGUGAUUAUACAUAUAUGUGUAUACACACACAUACGUGUGUGUGUGUGUGCGUGUGUUUGUGUGUGUAUGUAUAAAAUCUGUGUGGGUGGUAUAUUUCCUGUUUGGGGAUUAUUUUAUUAUUUUUUUUAUUGUACAUUUACAAACUUCUAACUGUAUCUAAACAGCUUAGUGAGAACUGCUUCUAGAAGCAAAUGUGUUUUUAAGGUACAUCUGAUUCAAACAGAAAGCAAAAGCAGCAUAUUAACAUAUUUAUUAUGUAUGCGUGUAUGAUGAGAUGCAGCACAUGCUAAAGAAGACUUUCUUUAUAGUAAAGUCAUUUCAUUUUCUCUA